CCAUGGAAGAGUUAUUUAGUCAUGAUGACAAAAGCGCGUCGCUACGGGCCUCAAAAGUCUUCAGUUUAAGUAAAAGAGAUGGGAUGAACUUGUGUGGACAGGAAUCUCAGGUGACAAUAUUGGAUUCCAAGCGGAGCAUGAAUAUCGGGAUCUUCCUAAGACAUUUCAAAAGGCCUGUUAGUGAAAUAGUGGAGAACAUUCAUCAGGGGAAUUGGCAGAGUUUUGGAAAUGGCAAACUAAAAGAGCUUUGCAAGCUUCUACCAGAAGAAAGUGAGGUAAAACAGCUGCAGUCAUACAGAGGUCAAGUCUCUGUGUUAACUGAGGCAGACCAGUUCAUGGUACAGCUCAUUAAAGUCCCUAGCUAUGGGGAACGUCUAAAAGUGAUGCUUCUGAGGGAAGAGUUCUUUCCCCUCAUGGAGGAAGUGAAGAAUGCCAUUGUGGUCAUGACCAAAGCAGCUAAUGAACUGUUGGACUGCGAUGACCUCCAUUCGGUGAUUCGACUAGUGUUGAAAGCCGGGAAUUUCAUGAACGCUGGUGGUUACAGUGCAAAUGCAGUAGGAUUCAGGGUGGCUUCACUGCUCAACUUGGCAGACACCAAAGCCAACAAGCCUGGGAUGAAUCUCAUGCACUAUGUUGCCAAGCAAGCAGAGGAGAUUGAUGCAGAGUUGCUGACUUUUCCAAGCCAACUUGGUCACAUUGGGAUGGCAUCAAGAAUUUGUAAAGAUGACAUCAUCAAGGACUUGAAGGAGGAAAUACAGAAGAUGGAAGAAGUUAAACUGUUUAGUAGCAUGCAUCCUGGCCUCUUACAACAAGAUCAAUUUCUGGAGAGGGCAGAUUCUAUGCUUGCAGACGUUGACCUGUCCCUGAAUGAACUGAAGGCUUUAAGCGAUGCUGUCGCAGGGUAUUUCUGUGAAGACCCAGCUACCUUCAAACUUGAAGAGUGUUGUUCCAUCUUUUAUUCAUUCUGUAAAAGGUUUGACAAAGCUGUACAGGAGAACAGAGAGCGAGAAGCUGUUGAACAAAGACACAAGCGCUCAGAGAGCAUGCAACUAGCUGCUAAACGACGCUCUGUGGCUUCAUGUUCAGCACUUGACCCUACAGAUGACUCAUGCUUAGAGUCAGCGCUGCACAACCUUCUAUCCAAACCCCCAUCUGGUUUAAGCAGAUGUAGGAAGAAUUAUCAACCCCAGGCUAAAGGCUUGCGUUCUGAAUCCUGUUCUCAGACUUCACAAAAAGAAAGGCCAAUUUCUUGCAAAACUACAGACAGCCCAGUGAAGAAACAAACUAAGCUAUUUAAAGAUGUGGAAUUGGCAAAAUUGGAGAAGGAAGAAGCCGAAAAGAUGCGCGAGAUAACCCGGAAGGUAAUUUGCUACCAAAAUGUCAAAGGCAGCCGUAAUGAUGAGAUAUUGGGGAGUCCUCGGCAUUCGAAAGUAGAACAGGACGAAGCUAGUACUCCACGAACCCCUUCACUUAGAGCUAGGGACUACUUCUUUACCAAUAAUGGUAAUGUGGGAUCUCCAUGGACUAUUCUGAGCCCCAUAAGUUGCUCUCCGAGAAGCAACAGCCUGAGAGACACAGCCCGCAGAGGAUCAUCAACAUCUUCUGGAAAUGAUCCUGAUGAUGGAGUCUGGGAGAAUGAUGAAACUGACUUGAAAAAUUGUAAUAGUCAAGAAAGUCUGACUUCUCCAUUUGGAGGGUCUGCCUCCCUUCCUGAGUGUAUCCGUCAGAGAGCAUUGUCACAGGGACCACUGCCAAGGUCGGCCUCCGUGGAUGAAACCCUGCGCUCUCCUAGAAUGGGCUUCCGACUGAGAUACUUAUUCCAGAGGAGCGUAUCUCAAAGAUCCGUCUCCUCUGAAUCAAGAGUAGGAGACUUAAAGGAAAGAAGUGACAGAAAGGUGGAAAAUUACGCUGAAGGGACAUCUGGAUUGAAGUCUUUGUUUAAACUUAUUGGCAGCAGAAGUAAACUCUGCAAUUUGGAUGAAAAAACAUGAAAUAAUUAACUUCUUAAUCUAAAGUUUUAAAGACAGAAAGUAGGCUUUCUCAGUUUUUCUGUGUUUUAUAUGGCUAAAGAUAUGUUGAAUGUCAUGCUUUUACCCUUUCGAGGACAGAAGGCAAAUAGGGACUUGCUUUGCUCUUUGAGGGUGUUCUUUUUUUUGCUUUGUUUUCUUUCUUCUGGGGGAGAG